UCUACGUGUUUAGAAAACGAACUUCACUAGGAGCACUUGAAGUAGACAGAAACCACCUCAUUCAAGCUGAAUUCAAGCUGACCAAUCACGAGCCACCAACUCCUCCGACGCUGAUUGGCCAAUCACUCCAGCGUCACAGCGCGUCGUUACGCGUAUUCACGAACGCUCCAACGCAUUUCUCCUGCGGACGGUUCCGCGUUUCACGGUUGAUAGUUUGCGUACCGGCGACAAGCUGCGCUCAGAAAUGAACGCAGUGACAUAUACGAGCCCCAGGAACUACCCAAGUCAAACACAAAACCUGCAACAUUGAGCUUUUCAAGAUGGUUUUAGAAUCCAUUUCAAGGAUAAUUAAAGUCCAGCUUCCAGCCUACCUCAAGAGGCUUCCGCUUCCGGAGACGAUCGGCGGAUUCGCGAGGUUGACAGUGUCUGAGUGGCUCCGGUUGCUGCCUCUCCUGGGUAUCCUGGCUCUGCUGGGCUAUCUGACCAUCCGCCCAUUCCUGCCUAAGAAGAAGAAGCAGAAGGACAGCCUGAUCAACCUGAAGAUCCAGAAGGAGAACCCAAAAGUGGUCAACGAGAUAGAUAUCGAGGACCUGAACAGCGCGAGUGUAUGUUACUGUCGCUGCUGGCGCUCCAAAACUUUUCCUGUUUGUGACCGGUCACACUUAAAGCACAAUGAGCUAACUGGAGACAACGUGGGACCGCUCAUACUUAAAAAGAAGAUACUAUAAUUGGCCGCUGAUGGGAGACUUUUCCCCUCACCUCCCCAGUUUUUGGUUUUCAUAGUUAACAUUUAGUUGUUUAUCUAUUUCUUUCUUUUGUUUAUGUCUCUUUUUCUUUAUUUUAACAAAAGUCUUGGUCUAGCCUUGGUGUCACGUUCAUGUUGCUCAGAAAUGCGUACGACCAGAGUCUUUAUUUAAAGUGGUCCUAACAAAAUUCCACAGUUUGAUUGUGUGAAAACGGUAUUUUAAGCUCUUUAAUAAUAUCAAGCAGUAAGGAAGCUUUUUUUUUUUUCUUUGUCUUAUUUUUUUGGGGGGCCUUUGUUCAUUGUUUACUUUUACUUUAACAGAGCAGCCUUUUUGUGUGACUGUAAAUUAAAUGGUAGUCAAGUCUCACCCUUUUUGGAAUCCGUUACAAAUCAUCGGGACCACUUUGAGAGGAAAGCUUGAAACAUAAAUGCAGUGACCUUCUGAUGACUCUCAAUAUUCUGAGCCCAUCAGAGUAAAUGUCUUUUUUUCCCGGUUAAUGGUUUAAAUGAAAUACUUGAUACUAGUCCAACCCGUUACCAACAUUCUGUACUGUUUGUCUUCAUUUUGGACAUUUCGUAGGUAUUAUUUUGUGUGCCAAAUAUCUACAUACUGUUCACUCUUUCAGGAUGUGAUAUAUUCUCUCUUAUAAGUUAUUGUGUAUAUGGGAAAUGGUCAUACCUUUUUAUGUUCAUAGCCUUUAAACAUUUGAAUUUUAAAAUUUUGUAUUCAACUCUGUUGCCUACAAACAUUUCAAACCACUACACCAUUGAGUAAUAUCCAGUCAUGCAGUUUUAACCUCAGUAUGGUGUUGAGGUUUCAGAAAGUAACUUCUGCAGCAUAAGACUUUUGCUCUGUACUGUUUUGUUUUUUUCUAGCUUCUGUUUUGUCAUAAUGGCUGUACAUAGUUGACGACCUGCUGGAAUAUUCCUUCUCGAUUCAUCAGCAAUAUUUUCUACAUAAAUGGCUUGUAUCGUCAGAUCUGUACUUCCACCAUGAUGCCUAUGAAUGACUGUCUUUAUGAACUUUUGUAAGUUGAUGGCUUGCAUCAAUUUUUCUAUGUUUUAAUUUGUAAAAAGGAAUAGUCGGGAUGUUAAACUAAACAGUUUUUGGCAA